CAUCAACUACGUGAGAACAUUCAAAAACAUACAUGCCUAGCUCACAACCGGAUUUGAAAUCUUGUUACGGAGUACAAACUAGUCAACAAUAUUAAACAGGAAGCAAAAAUGGCCAAAACUUCACGCGACAAUUCAGAGUUGAUUAAAAUUAGACGACCAACAAGUCUUACCAAUAGUUUCACUAAUCGGUCUGCGAAUCAGAAAAGGCCACCUCAUCAACCGCAGGCUAACAGAGGAUCAAAGUUCUUUGCAGAAAGCUCUGCUGGAAUCAACACUAUGGAACAAUUCAACAAUCAACAGCAUCAGAGGCUCCUCGAAGAAAAUAAAACACGCUACAAUCAAAAUUUGACCUACAAUUCUUUGUUAGCAUCGCAGAGAAAACUGCUCGAGGAAAAUAAAAUAUUAAAAAGUCAAAAUCACAAUUUGAAGCAAGAGAAUAUUGAACUUAAACAAGCAUAUGAAGAGUUACAGGAAAACUAUAACACUUUGUUAGAUUCACAGAAAAGCUUUGAUGCCGGUAAGCUACUAGUAUUCCUAAAACUGAAGCGUCGUACGGAUAAGGAAACACUUGAAAAGCGUAACAUUAUUCAAAAUGAGGCUUGCUUCAAUACCUACCUGGAACGAGUGAUAAUGAAUAGCGAUCCUCGAAUUCCUAAGAUCGUUUUUGAGUGCGUGACAAUCAUAGAAUCAAACGAGAAGUUUAUGAAGGCUGGCGGUCUUUAUCGGGUAUCAGGGAAUCAUAAUGUUAUCCAGAAUCUACGCUACGAUAUAAACGCUGAUAACUACAAGAAACUUCGCAAACAGAAAACACCACACGAGGUAUGUGGUAUACUUAAGUUGUUCCUGAGGGAGUUGAAGGAACCGCUUGUGUCGUUGAGUCUACUCCGUCAGAAGAUUCCAGGUCCUUCGGACAUGAUAAAUAACAGAGUAUUGAAGGUACUGGAACUUGUAAACUCGCUGGAUGAUCUACGGAAAACCACAUUGGGCUUUCUCAUUAAGCAUUUAUGCAGAAUCGCUGCGAUAGAGGAAAACGAAAUGGACACCAAAAGUCUCGGCAUUUUGAUGAGUUCCUGCAUAUUCAAUGAAACUUUGACUGACGUAUGCCCGGAGCGAUUUGAGACGACGAGUGCAAUUCCACGGCAAUGUAUUGUGACUAUGAUGGAGUCUUGUAACUUUAUUUUUAGAGAUUAA